AUGGCCACCGCGCAACGCCCCGACGGAGGCGGGCCUUCGCCCGCUAACCCUCCCCUGAAGACGCCCGAAGCCUACACGAUCCCCAUCUCGUCUCGCGCGCCGCAGUCGACGCUCGUGCAGACGAUCCUGUUUGCGGUGGUGUUCAACUUCUGCAUCCUCUCUGCCAACCUGGUCCAGAUUCUCGCCUUUCCCCUGUCGCUCCACCCCAACACGCAGCCCUAUUUCGUCGCCAUCAUCCGCUAUACCAAGCUGGCGUUUGGACGUGCGCUGCUGGUCAUUUCACAGUUCUUUGGGCCCACCCGGCUCGUCCUCAGCUUUGGCGACGGCAAGGGCGGGUACCUCGACCCGGAGCAGUUUGUGCAGCGCGACAAGCAGAGCGGCAAGGUGCAGCAUGUCGAUCUACCCAGGAAGAGCGUGUGGAUGUCCAACCAUCAGGUCUAUACCGACUGGCUCUACCUCUGGUGCCUCGCCUACUACUCUGACCUCGCCGACUCGAUCCUCAUCAUCCUCAAGAAGAGCCUGAAGUGGGUUCCCUUUGUCGGAUGGGGCAUGCAGUUCUUCCGCUUCAUCUUCCUCGCCCGCAACUGGGCGGCCGACCAGGGGCCCCUCGCACAGCAGCUCGAGGAGGUCGCUGCGCACCGCAUCGACGAAACCGAGGCGACCAAGAAGCUCCUCCUCCUCAUCUUUCCCGAGGGCACCCUCGUCUCGCCCAACACGCGGCCGCUCUCGAAAAAGUACGCCGACAAGAUGGGGUACGAGGACCUGGAGAACCUGUUGCUGCCCAGGAGCACCGGGCUGUUCUUCUGCCUGCGGACGUUGGGCAGGGAGGUCGACGACCUCUGGCUUGUGGACUUCACCACGGGCUACCCCGGCAUCCCUCCCGCUGGCUACGGUCAGAGCUACUACACGCUUCGCUCGGUCUUUAUGCAAGGCGUUCCCCCGCCGGCGGUCCACCUGCACUUCACCAUGACGCGUCUGACGGCGCCCAAGGGGACGACGUCGUUCAACCCGGCCUCGGUCUCGUCGAUCUCGACUUCGGACCUCGACGUCCCGGCGCUGGGCGACUUGUCGAGCAAGGACUCGAGCGAGGCCGAGAAGAAGGCAUUCGAUGAGUGGCUGCGCAACCGCUGGAUGCAAAAAGACGAGCUGAUGCGCAGCUUCUACAGGCACGGCGACUUUGUCCAGGGCGCCUUUGACAAGGUCGCCAAGGAGCGCGGCCUAGAGACCAAACGGGACGACAGCGGUAGGUUUGUCGUUGUCCCCGCCGAGCUCAGGAGCCUGAGCGAGGUCGGCGAUGCGUGCUGCUGGGGCCUGGGCAUCGUGGGCGCCUGGUAUGCCGCCAAGACGCUGGCAUGGGCCUGGAGCUUCUUCAAGCAGUAG